UGGGAGUUAGAAGCAGCACUUUUAGGGGGCAGCUUUGGCUUGAUCACAAUACACUCAGCUCUGGUGACUCUGAGACUUUGCAGCACCCCUGCGUCUCUCCCUUCUUACUUCUUGGGAAUGGUGCACUGCUCCCAGAGACUGGGCCUGGUUCCCAGGACCUGGGACAGGUCCGGGGGGCACACCAGGCUGCUUCUGCCUAGGGAUGAGGGAGACCGCGCUUAUCCAGAAAGCGCAGCGCUUGUUGCCUCCCUUUUCCCUGCCAGCCAGGUUGUUGGCGAGUUAGACCUCCCAGCCUCACGGGGCUGCUGUGCGGCUGCGGGGAUGCUGGUGACUGCAGCGCUGUAGCAGAGACAAGGGUUCCAGAGGCGGCGCCACGUGAGUCCCUGGCUAGGGCCCGAGACUGGGAGGGAGGUUACUGUAUUAAUCGAGUCCAGUGCAUGCGGGACCCUUGGGGGCGGGUCACUGCGGGAGUGCGUAUUUGUCCGGAGCCAUGAAGCCCUUCCUGGGAGUGGCAGUGCCAAAGCUUAAUUACUUGUUUACUCGGGAUUGCGCGGUCCCAUGGGAGGUGGGGGGCGCUGCGGGCACGGGGGUGGGUGGAUUGCAUGCAUUCCUCCAGGAGCUGGGACUGGCAGCCCGGUGCAUGGUGGGCUGCGUCAGAUUGAUUGUAUGCUCCCUGGGGUGGGGUUGCGAUACACAGUGUCUCACAUUUCUCUAGGGUCUCUUGGACCCUUGGAAUUGGCAAGCCUGUGAGAAGUAGUCGUGCUGGGGUUUCUCUGUAUUGUUUCGGAGGCUGUCGGUCCAGCCCGGCCUCGAACUCACAGAGAUCCGCCUGCCUCUGCCUCCCGAGUGCUGGGAUUAAAGGCGUGUGCCACCACUGCCCGGCUAGGGAAGCCUUCUAAUGGUUCAUGAGAAGAGCCCAGGACCGCAGGCUGUGACGAAACAAAGCUGGAGAUGUGAGUGUUUCAAAAGGCUGGAGAAUGGCCAAUCCUGAUCCCUCUCUCUUUCCCGGCUUAUACCUCUCCAGGGGCUGGUGAUUGCAUCUGGAAGUGCCCAUGACAGAGCUGGUGUCCUCCAGGGGAGGGUCUCCUGCGGGGGACGGGGAGGAGGGUCUGGGGGACGAUCGAGGCCUGGUUAUCCACCACCCAGCAGAGGAACAGUCCCACCGUUGCCCACUGUGUGGCCGGACCUUCUCCCAGCAGCCCAGCCUGGUGCGGCACCAGAAGGCACACGUGGGGGCUGGCCGUACCGCCGCCUUUGUGUGUCCAGAGUGUGGCAAGGCCUUCAGUGUCAAACACAACCUGGAGGUGCACCAGCGCACACAUACCGGCGAGCGGCCUUUCCCUUGCCCCGAGUGUGGCCGCUGCUUCAGCCUCAAACAGAACCUGCUCACACACCAGCGCAUCCACAGCGGCGAGAAGCCUCACCAGUGUGCACAGUGCGGUCGCUGCUUCCGCGAGCCGCGCUUCUUGCUCAACCACCAGCGCACCCACGCGCGCAUGCCCGCACCGCACCCCCGCCGUCCCGGUGUUUUCGGGGAACGGCGACCCUACUUCUGCCCUCGCUGUGGCAAGAGCUUCGCGCGUGAGGGCUCGCUCAAGACCCACCAACGCAGCCAUGGCCAUGGGCCUGAAAGCCAGGCAGCCCAUUUAGGCCAUGUGCUAUGACCCCUGGGGCGCCUGCCACCACCAGCUGCCUCCAAUCCAGGAACCACAUCCAAGGGUGUUGAGUUGUGCCCUCUCUGGAUGGGCUCAUGGGUUGGGCAGGGUCAUCUUGGGGUGUUGAAAGGGCUUGAGUCACCCCCUUUUCUUCCUCUCCCUGGACCCUUUGGGUGGCUGCAUGCGUCUCCUGUGGGCACCUGUGUUGGUUUGCCUCCUUAGGCUCCUGUGGCCUAGAGCAGGUGAGUCCCCAUAGGGUUGGCCGGAGUCCCCUGAGGCGUGGGGGUAGUGGCAGUGGGGAGUGGGUAUGUAGUGUUGGCUCUGUAGAUCAGGAGUGGGCAUUCAGCCUGUGUUGGUUUACAUAACUCGAUGCUUACCUGAUCUUUAUUCCCAGCACUUCAGACUUGAAAGCGUCUUGGAGAGGACCAACUUUCUAUGGUCUCUGGGCUGCCCAAGCUCAGCUCCCAAAGCCUCAGCCUCCUGUAUCCACUGUCUGGUGGUCUUGAGAAGCCAUUUCACUCCAUGUCUCAGCUGCUUAUCUAUACAACAGACAGGACCUCGUGGCCCAGGACGUGCAGGGAGACUAAAAAUGGAGUCCCAUGGGGGUCCUGGCAUGAGGAUGUGUCUCAUCAGAAGACCUACCUCUGGAGGUGCCCUGUGUUUGGUAGAGCCAGAAAUUAGGGGCUGGUUCCAUGCCUCGGUUGGGAAAACUUCCUUUUGGCUUCCUGACCCUAGACUGCAGCUCGGAUGUGAAGGCAGACAGCACCUGUGUGGAGAGCUGGGUUCUCUCUUGCAGCAUGGCUCACCAUUUGGUUGAAAGGCAGAGACAAGAUGAGCAACUGGUCUGAGUUAUUGCAGCAAGCUGUUGGCAGACCUAGCUUGAGAGGCAAAAUUUCCCUCAAGAUGUGAGCAGCACCUGAAGGCUCCCGUGCCCUUUCUGAACAAGAAGGGUUAAGACUUCAGGGACAUGUGGCCCUUUAAAUUCUGAUAGAGGCUGUGGAGCUUCUAGGAAAAGUCACAUACUCAAGUAGCUCUUACAAUGUCAAGUAGUUUCAGGAGCCUCAGGACUCCAGACUCCAGACCUCAGCCCUGGGGGUUUUAUCUGCCAUCCUUUUCUUAUUCCAUAUAACUGUGUCUCUCCCUCUCUUCCUGGUCUCUUCUUGUUUGGGAAUAAAGAAUUCUGAGGCUGA